AGCUUUCUUAGGCAUCAAUGCCGCGCUCUAGUGGCGGCCACCGAUCUCUCCGGCGGAUUCCAGCGGCCAGAGACGAUCAAAUGGGAUAGGGAUCUCGCGAAUAAUGUGAGCUUGAUUGGAUUUCUAGGUAAAGAUCCCGCUUGGGGCUACAGCGAGCAAGGAAGAAUCGCAUAUGGCUCGAUAAAAACUCCCCAUUCGUGGUUUUUGCUUGAUUUCUGCGACCCAGUCUCGGAAAUUGCUGUUGAGCAUGCUAAGAAGGGGGAUUGGGUUCAAGUUCAAGGAGAAUUGCUUGUACCAAAGCCUGGAGAUAAGAUCGUCACACCUAAGGUGCUUGUUAAAGACUUUAAGUUUGUCGAGAAAUCAAACGACUCCAAAAUCGAGACUGCCAGGCUCUGGCUAGAGUUUUUUGCUGCUCCAAAUGAAUGGUGGGACAACAGAGCAAUCAAGAGAAAUGCGAGAGCUCCAGACUUUAAACACAAAGAGACGCGAGAAGCACUGUGGCUCAACAGUCAGGACUUGCCUUCCUGGGUUCCUUCGCAAAUCCAAGCUCUAGAAUCCAAAGGCAUCCUGAAAAGGUUUGAGCAAUAAACUUAGGGCUUGGUAAUGCGAUGGAUUGGAAGGCAAACUGGCGCUUUGCGCUGCUUUCACAGCUUACUUGAAAGCACAAAGCUCCAUUCUCGUCCCGCCACCAUCGGCUUUGAUCCAUCGCUUGCCAAUACUGCCACUCUAACUGGGAAAGUUAUCGGCAAUCCCGCUGUUUACAAGGUGUUCUCUGGGAAGAUUGCGAAGGCCGUCCUCCUUGUGGAAGACAAGAGCUGCUUUUUUGUGGAUUUCCACAACGGUCUUGGAGAGUGCUUCAUUCAACACGUCCGGAGAGGGGACUGGAUUCAAGUCUCGGGGUCCGCCUCUGUGGAGAUGCAGAGAAGUACACCCAUCGCAAAAAUUCGAGUCAGGGACUUCCAGCUAGUGGAGGGAGAUGUUCCCGGAAGAUCUGAGGAGCAAGACGAGCACUCAAGACUAUGGCAGAAUUUCUUCGCAGCGCCGCACGACUACUGGGAUAAUCGCCACGACAAGGAAAACUCCAAGCGUCCAGAUUUUCGCCAUAAAUCGACUAAAGAAGCACUGUGGCUUGACGAUUCCAGAAAUCCUCCCUGGGUCUACGCGCAAGUUGAGAUGCUAGAGUCUCGCGGCCUCUUGAGAAAGCCAAAACUUACUAUCGUGUAAUUUUAUCACUUACAUCGUGAAAGAGAAUAUUUUUUCACCUUCAA